AUGAACAGACAUUUCGCUUCAAUUCUCAAAAGAUCAUCCCUCCUCUUAUCCCUCUUAUUUACCCUAAUCAGCCAAGUUGACGCCUCCCUCUUACCCAAAUCCGACAAAAAGAAGAGCAGAACAGUUAUUUUUACCAAGGAAGCGGGGAAGACUGUAUGUCAUAUCUUGGAAACAGGCGAAAGGGUGAAAUGCCCCAAUAAGACCCUAGUCAUCGCUCUCGUCUCCGUCUUCUGCAGCAUAAUCCUCAUCGUCGGAAUCGCAAUUCUCGCCUUCUUCUUGAUGCGCAGACGAAAAUUCAGAGUUGGUAAAUCAGGGAAGGGGGAGAAAGGUAGCGAUGGAGCAUCCGAAGCGAAGCCCCAAUCGCUCGAAGAAAGUUGCAAGACGCCCCAGAUAUCGCAAGAGGGCGAAGCGAAACAGAGGGAAGGCGCAGUCGAAGGACCUCCAACUAUUCCCCACCACGUGCUCCCUCCUACCGAUCCCUUCUUGAAGGCGGCACCCCAAUAG